AUGCUGUUCAGAGCCUUGACGCUGCUGGCAACAACAGCCAUCUCUGUCGUCACAGCGGCAGCUGAUUCCAGCGUCACCUCAGCAUCAUCUCUCACAGCCACAACAACCCUCAAACCAACGCUCCCCGUCCCCGAUGCAGAGCAACAAGAACGAUUCUCCUCCCUCGCACUCUUCCUCGUCCUCUCCCUCCUCAUUCUUUCCUUCUGGACCUCGUAUUACCUCAAAGUCAAACACAUCACCGCAGUGCACGAAACCAUCGUCGGUCUCUUCGCAGGCAUGUUCGUCGGUGUCUGUCUCCGUAUCGGUCCCGGAGAACAAGUUCAGAACAUGCUCAGCUUCAGUAACACUAUCAUGCUCAACGUUCUCCUUCCCCCAAUCAUUCUUGCUUCGGGAUACGACCUUCGACAGGAAAACUUUUUCCGGAACUUCGGUACUAUCUUGAUCUUUGCUUUUGCAGGGACGUUCAUUAGUGCCAUCGUUGUUGGCGUGAUCGUUUAUCUCUGGUCUUUACUGCGUUUGGAGAGUAUCUCGUUGACGCUACUGGAGUGUCUGAUCUUUGGAUCUACACUGAGUGCGACGGAUCCUGUGACGAUUUUGGCCAUCUUCAACACGUACAAGGUGGACCCUAAGCUGUACUCGGUCAUUUUCGGAGAGAGUAUCUUGAACGAUGCCGUGUCGAUUGUCAUGUUCGACACUCUCUCCACUUUCAGGGGCAAGGAGAUCUACAUUUCCUCCAUCUUCCAUGGUAUUGGACUCUUCUUGGUCAUUUUUACGCUUUCCAUGUUACUCGGGGUUUGUUUCGGACUAGGUUGCUCGCUUUUGCUCAAGCAUUCGAGGCUCAGUUCGUAUCCUCAGUUGGAAAGCUGUUUGGUGGCACUGAUCGCGUACACGAGCUACUUCUUCAGUAACGGCGUCACCAUGAGCGGUAUCGUAUCACUUCUGUUCUGCGGUAUCACACUCAAGCACUACGCAUAUCAUAACAUGUCAAGACGCACGCAACGGACUACACGAUACACCUUCCAAACGCUCGCCAACCUCUCCGAGAACUUCAUCUUCAUCUACCUUGGCCUUAGUCUGUUCACUCAGGAGAUCUUGGUGUAUAAGCCGCUGUUCAUCAUCGUCACUGCCUUUGCCGUGGUAGCAUCACGAUACUGUGCAGUCUUCCCGAUUGCUAGCGUCGUCAAUGCAGUUAAGCGGGCACGUAACAAUCGUCGAGCUAGAGCGACAGGUGGAGGCGGUGUCCCGCGUGGAGCUGUGGAGGAAGAGUUGCCGAGGCAGUACCAAAUCAUGCUGUUCUGGGCAGGUUUGCGCGGUGCCGUUGGGUUUGCACUCUCGGCGGGGAUCGAAGGGCAGAAUGCGAUCGCCUUGCAGACUACGGUGUUGGUGACGGUGGUGUUGACCGUGAUUGUGUUUGGUGGUACGACAGCGCAGAUGUUGGAGAUUUUGGGCAUUCGAACGGGUGUACAGGAUGAUGAGGGCGAUUCGGAUGACGAAGAGGAUGAAAAUGAUGCAAUGCGUCUGGGAGGUAUGCAAAGAAGAACCUACCUCGCCUCGAGCAACUACCGUGAUGCAUCAGAGCGAGCAGGCCUGACACGGUCUGGCAACCGUCAUGCAUCCAGCGGCAAAGGAGGCUAUCGCGAUGCAAGUGCAAGCUCUAGCCCACGUGCGUCUUUGAGUCACAGCAGUUCAGCGUAUGCCCGAGACAAUGGUAGCAGCGGCAAACCCGGCCGUGGAGGAUUCGCUGAUGACUUGGAGGAAGACGACGAAGCAUCUUCCUUUUCCUCCGAAAUCUUACCCUCCGGAUCCUCCACCUCCGGCCUGGGCUCCGGUCUGCACCCACUCACAACCACCGGUGCCAGCAUCGGCCGAUCCAACACACCAGGUCUCUCCAGCACCCGUUCCCCCACCUCCACCAACACCGGCGCCCUCCCAAGCCUAAGCGAAAUCCGCCGCGCAGUCAUCGAAGCCUCCUCUUCGGACGGCAGCACUUCUUCCCCCGCCAAACAACUCCUCGAUCGAGCCGGACUCGUAAUGAAGGAUGGCCAAUGGUUCCAGGCUAUCGACCAGAAGUACCUCUUACCGCUCUUCAGUAACUCUGUAGCAUCGCGGAAACAUGAAGAGAGGAAAAGCGCACGUCUAGCAGCGAGAGAUGCUGCAACGAGAAGCGAGCUCGAUCUCAGCGGUGCUGCUGGGGAUAGCAACGUUGCGAGCAGUGGUGUGAGAAGAAACUUCUUUUCGGUGGAGGAAGAUGGAGAUCCUGACUUGUACCCGGCGGAGAGGGACGCUGUGGUGGUGGAUGAGGAUGAGGAGGAGGAGGAGGAGGAGGAUGAUGGAGCAACGGCAGUGUUCGAUGGGACUUCGUUUGCGAGUGCGACAAGGUCAACGAGCGGAGCAAAUACGCCGACUAGGAGGACGUUUAGCCAUGAUAAUGGUAGUCCACUCUAG